UAGUUGUGUUGCCUGACUUGACAGUUUGUUCUAUUAAAGACUGUGCUAUAAGGUCGAGAUACAGAGGCAGAAUGAGUGGUCAUUAUGGAGAUCUGAGCAAGGCACAAGAAGAAGCACUGGCUGAGUUCAAAGCCAAGGCUGACCCUCUACCAGACAAACCAUCCAGUGAUGACUAUUACUACCUCAGGUUGCUAAGGGCACGGAAGUUCAAUGUCAAGAAAGCAAUCACCCAUUUGCAUAAACAUUUGGAGAUACGGAGAAAGUAUGGAGCUACCACCAUUCUGCAAGACUGGACCCCUCCCGAGGUGCUGCAGAAGUGUUUCCCUGGAGGGUUCUUUGGAGAGGACAGAGACGGCCACCCAGUCUGGUAUGACAGCAUUGGGAGGUUAGACUUCAGAGGCCUCCACAGGUCCUGCCAAAAAGAUGACGUACUGAAGUUUAAGAUCCUUCACCAAGUGCAAGGAGGUCUCAAACUGAAGGAGUUCUCUGAAAUGAAAGGUAAACACAUUGAAACAUUGACUGUUGUGAUGGACUUUGAAGGCCUAUCGCUACACAAGCACUACUACUGGCCUGGCAUUGAGAUGGUUAAGGAGGUAUUAGCGUUGGGAGAAUCAUCUGACCCAGAGUGUGUCAAGCAGGUGUUCAUUGUCAAAGCCCCACCCUUUUUCCCGAUGUGCUACAAUGUUGUGAAGCACAUAUUGGGUGAAAAAACGCGACAGAAAAUGCACAUUUUAGGAAGUAACUGGGAGGAGGAGCUCCAGAAGUACAUCAGUCCUGACCAGCUCCCUCAAGCCUAUGGUGGGACCAGAUGUGAGCCUGAUCCAUGGUGCUCUGAUCAUCUCAACCCUGGCUGUGACGUACCUCCUGAGUAUUAUCUGACCAAUCAGACAGAGACUGAGAGAGAGGAGAUGGACAGGGUGGUGGUGGGGAGAGGGGGGUCACACAAAGUCAAGAUAGAUGUAACAGAUGCGGGGAGCACUCUAAAAUGGGAAGUGGUCUCGUGCGGUUAUGACAUCGGCUUUGGAGUAUACCUCAAGACUGAUCGUGAGAAUGGGAAAACUCAGAAACAGGAAAUGCAUCCGUUAACUCGUAAAGACAGUCAUAUUGUACCAGAAGUUGGGACGUGUGUUUGUGACACAAUUGGAGCAUAUGUGGUAAAGUUUGACAACUCAUACAGUUGGACUCGCUCUAAAGAGGUGUACUAUUCCAUCAAGCUACUCCCUCCCUCUGAAAAGCCACUCCCACCUGCCACUCCCACUCCGACGUUCAAUACAACGGAGGAAGAUGAGUUCUUUGAUUGUGAGGAGACUGAACUGGCAGAUCCUGUGGUCCAGAUAUUGGACACUACGAGCAGAGACACAGUAGCCACUGUCAACAGUACAGAGGAGUUUUGAGUUUAACUUCGUUCAGACAACAUUUUUAAAAUCUUAUUUAUUAUUUAUUUUGUGUGAAAGAUUUCAUGGAUUGUAAUUAAUGCAUAAUUAUAAGUC